GCUGUGGUCAGUGAUCAAUGACGAUCUCUAUCAUCAUGGCGGAAGGCGGCGGGCCUCCCGAGCCGAAGGUUCAGAAAAGUCAGGUUUCCUCCGAUUUAAAGAAGGAGCUGAAAAAGGGAGACACAUGGUACCUGGUUGAUGCAAAGUGGUUCAAGCAGUGGAAGAAGUAUGUUGGCUAUGACUCCUGGGAUAUGUACGGUAUGGGUGACCAGGCUACCUUCCCUGGGCCUAUCGACAACGCUGCACUCUAUAAAGAUCCGCAGACCCCCGACUCCCGGCACCUGAAGGAGCACCUGAUUGAUGAGCUGGACUACAUGCUCCUGCCGACCGAGGCCUGGGACAAACUGGUCAGCUGGUACGGCAUGGUCAACGGUCAGCAGCCCAUCGCUCGCAAGGUUGUAGAACAUGGGAUGUUUGUGAAACACUGUAAGGUGGAGGUUUAUCUGAUGGAACUGAAGCUGUGUCAGAACGACAACUUAGACAACUGUGUGUCCCAACAGUUCAGCAAGGCAGACACCAUCGACUACAUAGAGAAGGAGAUGCGAAAGCUGUUUGCGAUCGGAGAAGACAAGGAGACGAGAGUGUGGAACAAGUACAUGUCCAACACCUACGAGCACCUGAACAAACCGGAGAACACUGUACAGGAUGCAGGACUGUACCAGGGACAGAUUCUGGUGAUAGAGCAGCAAAAUGAAGAUGGAACAUGGCCCAGAGGGAAUGUAACCAAUAAAAGUUCCAGCUCCAGCAGUGCCAGAAACAUGGAGAUGGGCACCUACUCCGCACCUGCAACUAGAAGUGGAGAGGACAGUGAGGAUAACGAGAACGAAGCCGGAAGCUCUAACGAGCCGACGCCCACAAUCGGCACCCCCAAGUCUUCACCAUAUAUCAAUAGCUACAGCAGUACGUAUGACUACAGCUCAGAGAGAGGGAGGGGCCAGGUACAGCCCGGACUGUGUGGACUCAGUAACCUAGGCAACACGUGCUUCAUGAACUCAGCUUUACAAUGUUUGAGCAAUGUACCAGUUCUCACAAGAUACUUUCUAGAAAACCACUACCAGGAAGAACUGAACUCAGACAACCCACUGGGGAUGAAGGGGGAGAUAGCCAAGACUUAUGCAGAGCUUAUCAAACAAAUCUGGUCGGGCAAAUAUAGUUACACCAUACCAAGGAACUUUAAGACGGCAGUCGGUCGCUUCGCCCCCCAGUUCUCAGGUUACCAGCAGCAGGACUCCCAUGAGCUGCUGGCCUUCCUGCUGGACGGUCUGCACGAGGAUCUGAACCGGAUCCGCAAGAAACCCUACGUGGAGCUCAGGGACGCUGACGGCAGGCCGGAUGAGGAAGUAGCGGACGAGGCGUGGAAGAACCACCGUCUGCGGAACGACUCGAUCAUCGUGGACACGUUCCACGGCCUGUUCAAGUCCACGCUGGUCUGCCCCGAGUGCUCCAAGAUAUCCAUAACCUUCGACCCCUUCUGCUACCUGUCCCUGCCGCUGCCCAUCAAGAAGGAGCGGUUCAUCGAGGUGGUUCUGAUCAGGAUGGACCCUGCCGCUAAACCUAUGCAGUACAAGUUAUCUGUUCCAAAGAUGGGAACCGUACAGGACCUGUGUGAAGCUCUGUCCAGGCUCACCAAAAUAUCUCCAGACAAGAUGGUGGUGACAGAUGUGUACAACCAUCGGUUCCACAAGGUGUUUGCCCCUGAUGAAGGACUGUCCCACAUCCUGGAUAGGGAUGACAUCUAUGUGUACGAGGUACCAGUCAACACCUGUGACGAUCCAGACACCCUCAUCCUCCCUGUGUACAUGAGGGAAAGAAAAGUAAGACAAAACCCUUCCUAUAACUACAACAACGUGAGCACGGUGCUGUUCGGCACGCCGCUGCUGGUCCCCAUCCCUCGCAAAAACACCACCUACGAGGACCUCUACAGAAUCAUGAUCCAGAAAAUGAGCCGGUACAUCCAGGAGCCAGACAGUGGAGAUGAGUGGUACGGGGAGGAGAUCAAAAACUGUGUCAAGGACGGGGUCAUAGGAGAUGAUGACAUGAAGAACGACAACCUAGACGGGGAGGCGGAGUCUGAGGAGGACAGUUGCCAGGGCAACGAGUCGCUCAUGAACGACAACAGCAUGUCUGAUGACGAGGUCAACUGUGAUAACAGGCCACACAGGAUGUUCACCUUUCACCUGGUGAACUCGUACGGCAGUGCGGAGAUAGAACAUAUACGUGAUGACGACAGGCCCAUCAAGUUUACAAAUCGUUCCUAUUUAGCCCUUGACUGGGACCCCAAAGCCAAGGAGAAAUACUACGAUGAGAAGCAAGCAGAGGAGUUAGAUGUUGACGAGACGGUAAACGCCACCCCCAUGAGGAAACGUCAGGUGAUCAGUCUGAAGGACUGCAUCCAGCUCUUCCUGGUCAAGGAAAAACUCGGGGCAGACGACCCAUGGUACUGUCCGAGCUGUAAGAAGCACCAGCAGGCCACUAAGAAGUUUGACCUGUGGUCCCUCCCGAAGAUCCUGGUCAUUCACCUGAAACGUUUCUCCUACAACCGCUACUGGAGGGACAAACUGGACACCAUGGUCGAGUUUCCUACCAGAGACCUGGACAUGUCAGAGUUCAUCAUCAAUGACGGGCAUGGCUACGCGACCUAUGACCUCAUAGGAGUGUCCAACCACUAUGGAGGCAUGGGAGGGGGGCACUACACAGCCUAUGGUAAGAGCAGGGAGGACCAUCAGUGGUACUACUUUGAUGACAGCAGCGUUUCUCCUGCCUCGGAAGACCAGUGUGUGUCCAAAGCGGCGUACGUGCUGUUCUAUGAGCUGAAGGGCUCAAGAUGCGAGCGCAGCGAGAAGCAGACGGCGCAGGCCAACCGGAAAUCCGCCGCCGCCACACAGUCCUCCGCGAACUGCACCGAGGACAACGGAACAACCAGCAGCGGGGAGGACGACUCCAUGGAGAUCAACUGACCUUUCACCCUCUGACCUUUCAACUCUGCCCCCUGAACUUUGACUCCUGCACGGAAGACAACAGAACAACCAACAGUUGUACAGGACAACUCCAUGGAGAUCA